AUGACAUCUCGGUUUCGCUGUUUUUUUGAUAUUAAAAUUGAUGGCAAUGAGGCUGGUCGUAUAGUAUUUGAACUUUUUAACGAUACAUGUCCGCGUACAUGCGAAAAUUUUCGAUGUUUAUGCACAGGAGAAAAAGGUCGUGGUUUAACAUUAUAUAAAAAAUUAUAUUAUAAAGGAUGUCAAUUUCAUCGAGUGGUGAAAGAUUUUAUGAUACAAGCGGGAGAUUUUACUGAAGGCAACGGCACUGGUGGUGAAUCGAUCUAUGGUGGUACAUUUGCUGACGAAAAUUUUCAGAUCAAACAUGAUCGACCAUAUCUUCUUUCGAUGGCUAAUCGAGGUCCAAAUACGAAUGGAUCACAAUUUUUCAUGUAA